GGGAAGAUAGUAGAAGCUCCUGGAAUCCUCUUCUUCUCCAACCAGAAAUUCUUUUUCUGGAAAUCUCUAAACUAUCAUCUUCCCUCCUAUUUAAAUGUUUCAUCCUUCCAACUCGAAGAUAACCUUGGAAGCAGCAAACAAUACCAACAUUCCGACCAACUCUGUAUAUAACAAAAUCCAUUUCCAUUCUCUCUUCUUUCUCUGUUUCUUAACAAAUAUCCUCUGCUUUAAAUUUCAACCACCAUGUCUCUGAUUCCAAGCAUUUUUGGUGAUCGCCGGAGCAACGUCUUCGACCCCUUUUCAUUUAACAUUUGGGAUCCAUUUGAAGGCUUGACAUUUUCCAACUCAUUGGCCAAUCUCCCCUCUUCUGCUCGCGAAACCUCUGCUUUUGCCAACACUCGCAUUGAUUGGAAAGAAACCCCACAAGCCCACAUCUUCAAGGCAGAUCUUCCCGGGAUCAAGAAGGAAGAAGUCAAAGUGGAGGUGGAAGAAGGCAGAGUUUUGCAAAUCAGUGGAGAGAGGAGCAAAGAGCAGGAGGAGAAGAACGAAAAAUGGCAUAGGAUUGAGCGGAGCAGUGGGAAGUUCAUGAGGAGGUUGAGGUUGCCUGAGAAUGCUAAAGUUGAGGAGGUGAAGGCCAACAUGGAGAAUGGAGUUCUGACUGUGACAGUUCCGAAAAUGGAAGUGAAGAAGCCAGAGAUCAAGUCCAUUGACAUCUCUGAUUAAAGUUGUAGUUCUAAAGUUUGUGUGUAUGCUGUGUUUGGGUUGAUGAUAUGUUGACUGUUGAGUGAAGGCUUUGAAAUGUAUUUUGUGAGAUUUUGAUUGUUGAAACAGUUUUGUUGUUUUCAUUUUGUACUAUACUAUUGUGAGAAUGAAUACAAUAAAAUUAACUCUUAUGGCGUAGCAUACUGCUAAA